UCUUCUGAUCUGUCCUCUCUUUGUUUCUUCAACCAGAGAUCCCAGCUCUUCUGUUUGAGAAAAGGGUCGGCCACGUCUCCUUCCUCUUUGUUCUCACUCCUUCGGACCCCUCAGUGCCGACUGCCGACUGCCGACUCAUCUUCGAUUCAUCUCUCCCUUGGCGGGCGACACAGAAGAUAGAUAGACUACACUCGACUCUUCGCCGUCUCCAAUCGUCCGGCCUUGCCCAGCCCAGCCUUCCCUCACCGUACUCUGUGAAUACAGAUCCAAGUGAUUGCGAUCUCCCUGGUUCGAAUCCGGCGAGUUGGAAUAGUGAAGGACUGAGAAGAAGAAGGGAAUAUUCUCAGAAAUGGCGGCGAAGCAGAUGGAGGAGGUUCAGAAGAAGCUAGCUAUGUUGAAUUAUCCAAGAGCUAACUCCCCUUCUCAGUCUCUCCUUUUUGCCGGCAUGGAAAGAUACUCCCUCCUCGAAUGGCUCUUCUUUAAAUUGUUGGGCGAUAAAUCACCUUUUUCUCAGCAGAAUUUACAUGGAGAGGGCAUGGAUCGAGAUGAAGAGACCUCUCGUAUUCAGUAUUUGGCUGAGAUCGCCAAGUUUCUUGGUUUCACCACUACCGUUGACAUAGAAGCUAUACAAGGACGUGGAAGUUAUGAAGAUCGCACUGAAAUGCUUCGGCUUAUCGUAGAUCUGGUUGAAGCUAGCAUCUAUGCUGACAAUUCAGAGUGGAGUGUUGAUGAGCAGGUUGCCAAGGAUAUACAACUAGUUGAUUCCAUUGCUGAAAGACAAGCUCAAAUCUUCUCAGAAGAGUGCAAGUUGUUUCCGGCAGAUGUGCAAAUCCAGUCCAUAUAUCCCUUACCAGACAUUUCGGAUUUGGAAAAGCAGCUAGCUGAGCGUUCAAAUAAGCUCUUGAAUAUUCAGGAGAUGGUUAAUGAUUUGGCAUCCAAGCAUGCUUAUAACCCAGAUGAGGAUUACAGAGAGGCAGAAGCAAAAUUGCGGGAGUAUUUGGAAUCUUUUUUAGAAACUGCAAGAACGUUCAAUACAAUCUAUACCAAGGAAAUUCGUCCAUGGACACACAUGAUGGAGGUACCUCAGCUUCAUGGUUUUGGACCUGCUGCUAAUCGAUUGUUGGAGGCAUACAAAAUGCUUUUGAAGUUCUUGGGGAACUUGAGGAACCUUCGUGAUUCGUAUGCAGCAGUAGCUGCUGGUUCAUCUGAAACAGUCGGUGGGCAGCCUUCUUCAGUUACAAGAAUAAUUACAGAGUGUGAGUCGGCUUUAACUUUCUUGAACCGUGAUCUUGGAAUUCUAUCAGCUUCAAUUGCCCGAGAGCAAGGCCACGAUUUGAGUGUGUGAAACAACAAAACAUUAUGCAAUCUGGAUGUAGUCAUUUUUAUGUGGAACAAUUUAUUUUUUAUUUUUCUUGUAUUGAUUUAUAAAUCAAACUUGGUCUUUGUAAUC